AUGUAUUCCUAUAUUGAAAAUGAAAUUCGAGAGGUGUCAAGGAUAAAUCUUUUAUCCGAUCAACAAGUCUUCGAUGAACUCAAAGAUGCGAUGACGGGCCGCAGAUACUCUUGGUAUACUGUCGCUUACGGGCUUCAGGUACAAUAUCGUCGCAGGCAAUUAAGAUUGCAACAUUUCGAGCCAGAAAACCUCGUCUACGAAUGGAACGUACUUUGCGAUGAAAGACUCGAUUGGAAAUAUCGUGGGCAUCCAUCCUUCAUGAGUGUUAAGUUCAAUCGUGCUUGCUUGGUCAACUUAAAAGUUAUUCCAAUUCGAGCGGGAUUUGGAUCUAAAGCGAAACAGGUAACAGAGAAUAAUAUUGAUGGAUGCAUCCUGUUCCCUAUCAAUAUGGUUCUUACUGUGGGGAAGCCAGAUUAUACGAUGUGCGACGGAAGAUUUGGAGAGAGUGAGAAUUCGAACGCAAGGCUGAGAUGGGGCUACUUUUAUCACGAGGGGCCGGAAUUCAGGGUUGAUUACAUACAUGAGCGAGUGGAGUAUUGA